GCAAAAACAAAAACAAAAACAACUCGGCGCGGCAAGACACAAACUCGGCGGAGCGCACGAAAUCGCGGAAAUUCGCCCUCUCUUUCGCUGGAACAUAACGGACGCGAGUCGCGGGAAAUUGUUCUGCGCUGCGGAAAAUCGUCGGUUGGCUAUGCCUAAUACUAUGCCGCGGCGGAAAAGUUAGUGAAUGAAAAGUGCGAAAACACGGGGAGAUACCGUGAAAUACAUGGAGUUGGAAUAGAAGAAAUUCCACGAAAUACAAGUGCGGCGAUUUGCGUGUGCGGAGUGCCCCGGUGUGUGUGUGAAAUUCACGGUAAAUAAAUAAAUAAAAUUCGUGUGCACACACACACACACGCCUCGUAUUUUUGUAUAUACACAGCAUGUUGUGAAGUUGCGGCGCAAAAAGAAAGCACGCGAAUAAAACAUAAGAAAAUUUAAUUACGCCUGCGUCUGGGAAAGUGCGUCGUUCUAUUUUGAAAUCGAUACCAAAAUAAAAAAUACAAGAAAAAGUAGGUGACAAGCAACAACGACAAUGCCCAGCAACAACAACAACCUUGCAGAGAGUUCGGCGACGACUAAAUGCAUCAUUGAGAUCACGUGAAAUGAUCAGUGAGUGCCGCGAAGGUGUGAAAGUAAAAAUCAUGUGAAAAAUGUGAGAAACAGUGAGGAAUGCUAUGUGACAACAACCACAAAUACUUGCAAACAAAAGAUCAGAGAGCAACAACAACAUCAACGAGAAAAUCAAGAAAAAUGAUAACCUAAAUAAAUAAAAUUGCUAGUCAGAAAAAAACAAGAAAAGCAACAGAAACCAGGGAAUGGAACCAGAGAAUGAGAUAGGGAAAUUAAGUUAUAGAAGUGAUCCGAAUUCCGAUCCCGAGUGCAUUUUCUCCCCCAUCUCUACCUCUCAACUCCACGGUUUUCCCCGAAUUUACAAUUUUCGGGUUUUCAUUUGCCACCGAAGAAAGCUUUCGCCAAAAGCUGGUGGGAAAGUGCAAAGGCAGCAGUGAAGAAAAAUAUUAUCGAAACGUGUUUGAAAUUUAUAACAAUAAAGAAAAGCGAGAGGAGGAGGCAUACAUUGUCUCUGCCAUUUAUUAUUCUCGCCUGAGGUUUUCUGUGUGGAAAGAAUAAAUAACAAUCUCAUUACGAAGUGUCCAACCUAUAAAGUCGCAGAAGCGAAGUAAAAUAGAGGGAAAAACGGAGAAAAAUUGCAUUCCAACUGACGACAACAGAAAAACCCCCUAGAAGAAAAACUAAAGUUCAAUACUGAAUUUGUUGCUGGUUUCCGCUGCAACGGCGUGCGAGAGCGGGAUGAAAGAUGAUUACUUGGCGGAGUGCGAAAGAGAAGCCUCCGAAAAGCCAGCAGAUAAAGGAAAAUGCAACAUAAACUAUAAUAAACACCGGAAUAUGUUCAAUAUGCAACGGCAGGUGACAAAAGGUAAAUUAAAGCGCGAGAAAAUCGAGAUGGAAAACAACGAUAUGGCAACAUCAACAACAACAGCAGCAACAACCACUGUUACGCCUGGCAACAUUUGUGUUUUGUGUCGAAGGGAAAUGUCGUUACAUCCGCCAUUCACUCAAAACGAUGGACCAAACGCAAUGUUGCCGGAUACAUGUUGCUGCGAGCAAGCAGUCGAACUGGAUGAGACACCCACUGUUAGCGAAGAAACUAACAGCUCGCGCGGCUGGAAAGUUUACAGUGCAAGCAGUGCGGUCGGUAACGGCUUUUUGAACUUGAAUUUUGAACACAAGGCAUUCGCCUUUUUUGAAAUGAUAUCGGAUGGUUCAGUAGCAGUUGCGACUUGUUCUCAAAGUCGGUGCCAAACAAGUGUGGAAACAACGAGGAGAACGAUGGGCGUGCGGUGCAUUGGAAAUCGCUGCAACGUUGGCAGCACGAAAAACAAUCGAACGCAACGCGAAAAGUUCAACAUCUUCAGCAAUUGUCACAAUAUAUUGCGAACCCUGCAGUCGCUGCUGCUGCUCAUGUUCAAUUGCGGCAUUUUCAACCGGCGACGCAGGCGACAGCAGCAGCAAUCGAAUGUAAAUUACACAAAAUUCCUAUUGCUGCUACAAACACUGGCAGCAGCAACAACAAGACUGAGCUUAGGCCCUAACAAUUACAACCAACAACAACUAAAACAUAAUCAACAGCUGCCACGUGCCACUCCACAACAACAACAACAACAACAACAACAACAACAACAACAACUAAAAGAACAACCAGAGAAACAAGAGCGGUUUCAUCACUACAAGCGCCAUUUUCGUCAUUGGAAUAAUAGUCUGAUCUGGAUAUUAGCCCUCAAUCUUAUGGCCCUACAUGCCACUGCAUCGGUCGUGUUGCCACAGCAGCCGCAGCAUUUGCAACAUAACGAUAUAACCGAUGGUGUGGAUAAUACGGCACUGGAGGUAUUUGCACAUUCGCGAUCGACCAGGAGCAAAUCCAACGAAACAAUGCGAUUGUCAUCGGACAUAAAACCUUGUAAAUCGAUUGAUAUUAGGAAUACUGCGUCGCACUUUAAUCAGCUGGAAAACUGCACCAUCAUAGAGGGCUUCCUGCUGAUCAACCUGAUCAACGACGCCGGCCCCCUGAACAGGUCGUUUCCGGAUCUAACCGAGGUCACCGACUUUAUUGUGGUCUACCGGGUAACCGGGCUGCACUCGCUGUCGCAGGUCUUCCCCAACCUGAACGUCAUUAGGGGACUCUCACUACUGGACGGAUACGCCCUUAUAGUCUUCUCCAAUGCGGAUCUUAUGGACUUGGGUCUUCCCAGGCUGCGGUCAAUAACCAACGGCGCCAUUCGAAUCGAGAGGAAUCAUAAGCUGUGUUUCGAAAGGACCAUCAACUGGGAGAACAUUAUUGGGAACGAAAAUCAAUCGCAGAUCAUUUUGUCGGAGAACAGCCACGAGUGCCAGCUUUCCAAGUGUCCGGGGGAACUCAGAAUGGGAAGUAGCCACGAUUCCACAGCAGUGGAGCUUGGCCCCAGGUGUCCCGAGCACAAUAAACAGCGGCUUUGCUGGGACAGCAAAAACUGCCAGACAAUUUGUCCCGCGGAGUGCAAAAACAACUGCAUUGAUGAGAAAACGUGCUGCCACAAGGACUGUUUGGGAUGCGUCAGAGACAAGAAUGGGAAGGAGAGCUGCAUCAGCUGUCGAAAUGUGUCGCUUAAUAACGUUUGCAUGGAUGCCUGUCCGAUUGGCUAUUUUCGGUUCGACAGCCGCUGCGUUACGGAAAGGGAGUGCAUCAAUUUGACAAAAUUCGAAAAGGGCAAGGAACUAUCUGGCAUCCCCUUCCACGGAAAUUGUAUGGUCCGCUGUCCACCAGGCUACAAACAGGUGGACUCAAAGGUCCUGUGCGAACCAUGCCCAGGCGGCAGGUGUGACAAGGAGUGCGCCCCCGGUCUCAUCGACAGCUUGCAGCGCGCGCGGGAGUAUCUGGGCUGCACCAUAAUAACAGGAGAAGAUCCCCUUACUAUCAGCAUCAAACGUGAAAGCGGUGUUCACGUCAUGGAUGAAUUAGAAAAGAACCUGGGUGCCAUUCAUAAAAUUCAAUCUUCGCUAAUGGUUCACCUGACCUACGGCUUGAAAUCGUUGAAAUUCUUCAAAUCCCUAACCGAAAUUAGCGGCAAUCCGCCGAUGGAGUCGAAAAGGUUCGCGUUGUAUGUGCUGGAUAAUCGCGAUCUGGAGGAGCUCUGGCCACCGAAUCAAACGGUUUUCAUUAGGAAUGGCGGCGUCUUCUUUCAUUUCAACCAGAAACUGUGCGUGUCCACGAUCAACCGACUGCUGCCCAUGCUGGCCUCUAAGCCGACGUCUUUCGACAAGCGCGAUGUGGCCACAGACUCGAACGGAAACCGCGGAUCCUGUGGAACCGAAGUUCUCACAGUCACUACAACAAGUGUGGGAUCGAGAUUUGCUAUGGUAAAUGUCACAUCCCGGGUAGAGUUGGGAGAGCCGCGCGAGCCGACCAAUGCGACCGUAAUUUUUAAGGACCCUCGAGCCUUCAUCGGUUACGUCUUCUAUCACAUGAGAUAUCCGGUUGGAUUCCCAUCAAAAAGCAACGACGAUCCCUGCGACGACCGCUGGGAAGUAAGUGCGCCCGACAAGAGCGGUGAGGCUAUGUUGGCCAACUUGGUACCUUUCACGAGGUACGUCUAUUACGUCCGGACCAUGGCCAUAUCCUCGGAAUUGACCAACGCAGAAAGUGCGGUAGAGGAGUUCAAAACAAACCCUGGCCAACCUUCAAAGGUGACCGAGGUCGUGGUCACCGCCAUCUCUGAUUCCAAAAUUAACGUAACCUGGAGCUAUUUAAAAAAGCCCUACGGCGUCCUGACACGCUUCUUUAUAAAAGCAAAACUGAUAAAUCGACCAUUCCGGAACAAUAACCGGGACUACUGCUCUGAACCUCUUGAAAAAGCCAUGGAAAAUGAUAUGCCGGCCACGGUGCCUAUUAAAAAAAUACCGGAUCAGUUGUCUGGUGACUGCCAAUGCGAUGAGACAUCGAAAAAGUACAGUAAACAGGAUUUCGACGACCGUAAUGUUCAAGCGGGCAUGGAGUUUGAGAACACGCUGCAGAACUUUGUAUUCGUUCCGAACCAACGGAGGAACAGGACCGGAUCAACUGACAAAUCGAAUGAAUCUGGAAAUGCAGCCCUCGAUUCCAAUGCAAUUCCAAACGGUGGAGCUAAGAAUCCCUCCCGCCGAAGACGUCAUCUUCCCCUGGAGACAGAGUUCGAUGCUACGGGCGGCAGUGUACUACUCCGCCAUGUGCGGUCCAUGGCGGCCGAUGACGAAGCCAAGGAUGACGAGGACACGUUUAAGGACCACGAAAUCUUGUCUGCCAAUAAAAAGUUCUACGAGGUGUUUGCGAGGGAGCUGCCGCCCAAUCAAACGCAUUUUGUUUUCGAAAACUUGCGCCACUUCACUCGCUACUCCAUCUACGUGGUAGCCUGUAGAGAAGCAAUCCCUAGUGAAAAAAAUAAGACCAGGCUGUUGAUGCCUGCGCUUUGCAGCGAAUACGAUAGCGUCUUCCAAACGACCAAGAAAAGGGAUCAAGCUGACAAUGCCACUAAGCUGAUAGUAGAGUUAGAAAACGCCAACAACACGGAGUCCUCGGUGCGGCUCCGCUGGGAUCCACCAGUCGAUCCCAAUGGCGAGAUUGUCACCUACGAAGUGGCCUACAAGCUGCAGAAGCCCGAUCAAGUGGAAGAAAAGAAGUGCAUCCCGGUGGCGGACUAUAACCAGACCGCCGGCUAUCCACUGAAGCUCAACGAGGGCCUGUACAGCUUCAGGGUGCGAGCGAACUCAAUAGCGGGAUACGGCGAAUGGACGAAGUUGGAGUACAAAGAAGUGGAGCCUCCGCCGAGCUAUGCAAAGUACUUUAUCUGGUCGUCGGGGAUCGCAGGUGCCCUGUUGAUUGUCUUCCUAAUGGCCUAUGUCCGUCACCUUCGCAAGAGGGGUCCCUCCAACGAUCUUCAUAUGAACACAGAGGUGAAUCCGUUCUAUGCGAGCAUGCAGUACAUCCCCGACGACUGGGAAGUGCUGCGGGAGAACAUCAUUCAGUUGGCUCCCCUUGGCCAGGGAUCCUUUGGCAUGGUGUACGAGGGAAUCCUUAAGUCCUUUCGGGGCAAUGGCGACGAUAUGGAGUGCGCCAUCAAGACGGUCAACGAAAAUGCCACGGAUCGCGAGCGAACUAAUUUCCUGAGCGAGGCGAGCGUUAUGAAGGAGUUCGAUACCUAUCAUGUUGUUCGAUUGCUAGGCGUCUGCUCCAGGGGUCAGCCCGCUCUGGUGGUUAUGGAACUGAUGAAGAAGGGCGACCUCAAGUCCUAUCUGCGUGCCCAUCGCCCCGAGGAGCGGGAUGAGGCCAUGAUGGCGUAUCUUAAUCGCAUCGGUGUGACCGGAAACGCCCAGCCUCCGACCUAUGGAAGGAUCUACCAAAUGGCCAUUGAGAUUGCGGACGGCAUGGCAUAUUUGGCGGCCAAAAAGUUCGUGCACCGAGAUCUGGCAGCUCGCAAUUGCAUGGUGGCCGAUGAUCUGACGGUCAAAAUCGGUGACUUCGGCAUGACCCGGGAUAUCUACGAAACGGACUACUAUCGCAAGGGAACCAAGGGUCUGCUGCCAGUGCGUUGGAUGCCACCGGAGAGCUUGAGAGAUGGCGUCUACUCCAGUGCCAGUGAUGUGUUCAGCUUCGGAGUGGUUCUCUGGGAAAUGGCCACUUUGGCUGCUCAGCCAUAUCAAGGACUUUCCAACGAACAAGUGUUGCGCUUCGUCAUGGACGGCGGAGUUAUGGAAAGGCCGGAAAAUUGUCCGGACUUACUCCACAGACUUAUGCAAAGGUGCUGGCAUCAUAGGUCUUCGGCCAGACCAAGUUUUCUGGACAUCAUUGCGUAUCUCGAACCGCAAUGCCCCAGUUCGAAGUUCAAGGAUGUGUCCUUCUAUCACUCGGACGUGGGUCUGCAGCAUCGGGAGAAGGAGCGCAAGGAGCGCAACCAGAUGGAUGCAUUUGCGGCGGUGCCAUUGGAUCAGGAUCUACAGGACCGAGAACAGCAGGAGGAUGCCACCACACCGUUGCGAACGGGCGACUAUCAAGGCUACAAAUCCAACAUGGAGCAGAACUCAUCCUUGGAUCAACCGGCUGAGAGCCCCAUCGCCAUGGUUGAUGAUCAGGUUACCCACUCGCCCUUCAGCCUGCCCUCGGGAUUCAUAGCGAGCAGCACACCUGAUGGCCACACUGCGAUGCCAACCGCAUUCCAGAAUCUUCCAGCCAUGCAAGCUGCUGAUUUUACGGCCUACGUUCAACCGGACUCGGACGCCUUGGACGGCGACCGGGGAUAUGAGAUCUACGAUCCAAGUCCGAAAUGUGCCGAGCUACCGACGAGCAGAAGUGGCAGCACUGGAGGCGGAGGAAAACUCAGUGGAGAACAGCAUUUGCUGCCAAGAAAGGGCCGGCAGCCUGUCAUCAUGAGCAGUUCCAUGCCGGAUGAUGUCAUCGGCGGAUCCUCGCUGCAGCCCUCGACGGCCUCGGCGGCCAGCUCCAAUGCAAGUUCCCACACAGGACGCUUGCCUAGUCUCAAAAGAGCAGUGGCGGACACGUUCCGCAAUCGAGCCAAUCUCUUUAAUCGCCAUGUGCUCAACCACAAGCGAACGGGCAGCAAUGCCAGCCAUAAGAGUAAUGCCUCCAAUGCUCCGAGUACCAGCAGUAACACCAACCUGACAAGUCACCCGGUGGCCAUGGGCAAUCUGGGGACCAUCGAGAGUGGUGGCAGUGGUUCGGCUGGCAGUUACACAGGCACUCCCCGCUUCUACACACCCACGGCCACGCCCAGCGGAGGAGGUGGUGGUAUCGCCAUUAGCGACAAUCCCAACUACCGACUGCUGGACGAAUCGAUGGCCAGCGAACAGGCCACCAUCCUGACCACCAGCAGUCCCAAUCCGAAUUACGAGAUGAUGCACCCGCCCAGCAGUCUGAUCAGCACCAAUCCGAACUAUGUGCCCAUGAAUGAGCCACCUGUUCAGAUGGCGGGAGUGACCAUCAGCCAAAAUCCGAAUUACCAGCCCAUGCAGGCGCCGUUGAAUGCACGCCAAAGUAGCUCCGACGAGGACAAUGAACUGGAGGAGGAGGAGGACGACGAGGACGACGAUGUGGAUGAUGAGCAUGUGGAGCACAUCAAGAUGGAGCGCAUUCCAUUGAGUCGGCCCAGGCAGAGGGCGGUGCCCAGCAAGUCGCAGCCGCCUCGCAGUCGCAGUGUCAGCCAAACCAGGAAGUCGCCGACGAACAGCAACUCCGGAGUCCCAACUACUGGGGCCGGCAACCUGUCCAACCUGCUCAAGGAGAGCUGGCUGCGCCCGGCGAGCACGCCGAGGCCCCCGCCGCCCAAUGGAUUCAUCGGAAGGGAGGCGUAAUCGUUUGGACCGUAGUUCUGUAGAAAAACCUGUAAAUAGAUUAACGAGGGGAAGACGCACGGGUAUAGAGUAGCAAACUUUUGCCGCAAGCCAAGCUUCCUUGACUUCGACUCUUCCCAUGCCUGCAAACUAGGGUGGCGAGAUUAGAGUGGAAGAAAAAUAUUUAUAUAUCAGUGGAAUCGGGAAGCAAUCAACUGUCUAUUUCUAGCAAAGAAGCUGCAAAAUUAAAGUCACUUAUUUUGCUCGAAAUUAUUCAUUGAUGAGGAAAAAACAUUUUAGUGUAAAUCCUUUUUGACUUGACUUUUAAAAUUUGUAAAAUUGAGAUUCAUAGAAUUUAUUUUUUUCCAAAUGUGUUUUUAGACGGUAUUGUCAGCGAUUAUACGAAAAGAAAUGAGAAUAAUUAAACUAGGGCUAAAUUGCUAAGAACGAGGCAAAAAGAUUGCUUACCUCCAUUAUGAUUCUCUGUUCAAAACAUCGAACCACCCUGACCGCACAUGUAUAAUACCAAUAGUUUCGAUUAAGCCUAUUUAUGUUUACGUAUUCGUUUAGUAUUUACUCUACUUUUUUUUUGUUUGUUUAAAUUAAUGAACUAGAGCCGUUAACGCAAUACAAAACGAGAGCAGAGAACGAUAGUGAAAGCAGAGAAAACAGAAACAGAAAAACAAGUCCUACAUGCAAAUAACAAAAGUACAAAAGCCAACAACCAACCAACCUAAGUACCGUUUAAAUAGACAUACAAAUUCUACCAAUUAUAACUUAUAACUCAUACCUACUACGUAUAUUAAUUAUGAUAAUUUCUAGUACCUACCAAAUCGCAGAGAGCAAGGCGAGAGUAAGGGGAAAACAGCAGAACGGAAACGGAAACGGAACAACAGCAAAAACAGAAAUAGAUGAACUAUACAACAGCAAACAAGCAAUACAAAAACAAAACAAAACAAAACAAACAACAACUGUCUUCACUGAGUUAGCUAGCGAUAGUUAUAAUUAUCCAAAUACCUAAACGUAACUAAAUUUUAAUGUUACUCAGCUAAUUUUAGAAGCAUGUCGAAAUGCCAUGCAGUUUUAGCACUUUUACCCCUGAUUUUUAUUUAUACACUUACACCUACGAUUAUUUUAAGCAAGUGGUAAGUGUUGCUUGAUUGUUCAUAUUUCACCUAUAGUUUCUUCUCUUUUUUAUUGCGUAAUUGUAAUAUUUAUUGUUUAACUGGCAAAAGUUUGCUCUGCUCUAGAAGUACCAUCUACAUACUUGGCCCAUUAAGCCAAAGCAAGCGCAAAAACUUUUGUUUAAUUUUUUUUUCUAAAUUAAAUUUCGUUGAAGCCAAGCUUCGGAAAAUGAAAGGGAAUUAAAAGGAAGAGGAAACCAUAACGUAAUUUCAAACUGAGAGCUUAACUAACUGAUGCAUCAUAAUUAUUGUAUACAAUCUGCUGUCGUUUUUUAUACAACACACGCUAUAUACGAAGCAAAAGCAUUUUAUGUACUAACUAUAGAUAAAAGCAAAUCUUAACGAAACAAAAAAUCCAUAGACUCAUAUACAACACUUUCACUAGACCUAAAUAAUCUGCCAUACGCCAUUAACUCAAAUAUGAACAAGAAACCGGACGGAUUUUGUUUUCCCUAAUUUAAUUAUUCAACAAUAGCUCAUAGACGAAACAAUAGACAAAUUAUAUACCAUACAUAUAUAUUUACACAUAAUUAGGAACUGAACGUGAUAUGUUUGCUGAGUGUACUAUCCUGACAGUUCUCCGAUUUCUAGCAGAGGAUCGGAACCCCGAGUCCAAUCCAAAUCCAAAACGCAAAAGCACACAACAUUCUCUUGAAAAUCCGAAAUAAGCAAUAACCCACUUUAGCAACAGCAACAGCAACAACAACAAAAACAACAACAUUUACAUUAUCGACAACAACUGCAACAAAUGGAAUUUUUAAACGAAAAACAACUACAACAAAAGUAUUCGAUAUUUGCCUUCGCUCUUUAUAUUAUUAUAUAUUUAACUAUACAAACACAUAUAUUUAAUGACUAAAUGAAAGCAAAGAAAAGCAAAAACAAACAAAAACAAAAACAAAAGCAAAAGCAAAAACACAAGCAUGUGCAACGUUUUUUGUUUUUAUUUUAUAGAUGCAAAGCGAAAACAAGGAAACUAAAUAUUUAAAUGAAUUAUACAAAUUACUUAGAUCGUAGGCACUGUAAGAACGAGAACGAGAAGUUGGAGAAAGAGUUUGGGAGGAGACCUUGAACUAAUUUUAAUAUAUAAAGUAAAAGGAGGAAAACAACUAGUGCUAAUUAUAUAAACAAAACUGGGAAGCAAGCGAUAUUUACACUGAAAACUGAAGUAAAAAUUAUAAAAAAAACAAACAAAAUAAAAAAGAAACAAAAAGAAACAAUUAUAUUAAUUUAACUAUGUAAUACGCUAUAUGCAUAACGAAACAAUAGAUAUUCUACACAAACACACAUGCACACCGACACCCACACCCACACACACACACACAUUUACAUACAUUACACAUACACACACUAAAAAGACUGAAAGAUAUAGUUCCUUUUGUUUUUAUGUACAUAAAAAAUGCGAAAAGAAAAAAGAGAAAUUCUAACAAAAAUGGUAAACUUAAAGCGAUGCAACCGAAGGUGGGAAAACGUAAAAACAAUUAAUGGAAUUAUACAUUAAACGAGUAAAUUAAAAUAAAUCAACAAAGCAGCAGAAAAGCAUUAUGCGGCAUCAUGUAACAUGUAUAUUUAGUAGUCGAAUUAACUAAAUUGUUGUAACAUAAAGUGGAAGUACGAGCGCUUUCGCGACAACGCCAAAUAUCAACUACUUAUAUAGCGAUAUAUAUCCGGGAUAGUUUGGCUUUGGGUCGCGGCCGCUCCUCGCUGCUUUACUGUAUAUACACGCGAACAUCUAUUUCAAUAAACAGUACCAUUUAAACAAAUUAUUGUAAACUAAAUACACAUAAACAUUGUAAACACAACAGAAAAGGAUAAAAAAAUAAAAAGCUUCAAUAUUUUUA